CAAGCCAGCAACCAGUCCCAUGGAACCGAACCUUAGCUUCAUGGACGAGGGCUACCACCUCAUCUGCGUGGUGGCGGCCCUCGGCGUCAUCGCGCACACCGUCCUCGACCUGGGCCUGUACAGCACCGACGUGGUGACCAACCUCUUCCAGGAGAUUCUCCUGCUCAGCUUCCACCUGGUACGGGUCAGGCCAGGCUCCGGCGCGUUGCUCGGGGUGGCCGCCUGGCUUCUGGACAUGACCUUCCACCUGUGGUUCCUCCUGGUGGACGGCACGCGAGUCGCGUCCAGUCUCUAUUUCGACAGUGAGCCACUUGACGCGCUGCUCUACGCCAACUUCUUCCUCUUCCAUCUGCUCAUACUAAGGGGCCUCACUAUGGGCAUCCACGGCACCGGAGAGAACGCGGACGCCGACGACUCCGACGAGCAACGGGAGAUGUCUGGAGGAUGA